AUGGCAGCUUCUAUGUUGUCUUCUGAGAGGCUCUGGAAAAUGAAAUGGUGUCCUAAGGCAGCCCUGAUUUCUUUUUUGUCCUGCAUGGUUUUGGGGACUUCUUUGAUAAUUGCAGUAGAAGCUUCAGUAGGGACAAUAGUUCUGCCUCGUUUCAAGGUCAUAGCCCUUUUCUUUUCGUUUCUUUUGGCUGGCUGAUUGGGGAGAUUUUCUUCUGGGAAUAGUCCUCCCAUCGAUAUAGCUCGGUUGUGCAGGAAUUUAGCUGUAGCGCUUCUUUUUAGAGGCAUUAUAGCAGAGACUGUAUCAGAAGAGUUUUUCUUGAUCGUGCAAUUCCCCAUAUAUUAUGCAAAAAUCUUUAAAUUAAAGAUAUCUUUUUUCAUUAAAAAUUAG